UUCAGUCCGGCUGCAGAAGGACCAGAGGAGCCGCCAACAUGCGGACUGAGAGCAGCGAGCUGCGGGCCGAUGAGCCGUCUCUCCGGGCUCUCAUGACGGGAGAAGCUUGGGGCUGAGUCCGCCUCUCCCCCCUCAAGGGACCCGGAUCAUCUCUCCGUCUCUCUCUCUCUCUGUCUGUCUGUCUGUCUGUCUGCCUGAAAGUUGGUGAGAAGUUUGGGAGCUCAGACUUGGAUAUCCUCCCUCAAACCCCGGGAACGGUCUCCUCAAGAUUUCAGCCUCUUUUUCUUCAGGCUUUAUUGGCGUUUUCGGCAUUGUUGUCGCUUUCUCGACGUUUGUCACGUUUUUCAACAUUUUUUCUGACAUUUCCGACACUUUCUUCAACGUUUUUUAUUUUUUUUCUGGAGCCGUUUUUUGGCAUUUUGUUCUCAUUAUUAUCUUGCCUAGCACUGCCUCCCUCCCGUGCCUUUAUGCCCCGGGCCGGUCCUGCGCAGGACUCUCUCCGUCCGAUGGAUAACUCGUGCUACCUGUGCGCGCUGUUUCUGCUCGCGCUCUGGAGGGAGGCAUGACGUGCCAACACUACUACCUCCUCCGGCCCAUUCCCAGCGAUACUCUGCCCGUUGUGGACCUACGGGAGGACCCGGACCCGGCGCUGGACCCCCGGGAGAAAGACCUGAACGACACGGAGCUCCGGAGCGCGCUGGGCAGCCACUUCGACCCGCUGUGCAUGUCGCUGUCCGCGCCGCCGCCGGAGGACAGGCACGCGCCCGGCGGGAGCGAGGAUGUAACCGAGGCGGAGCUGCGGCACAGGCUCUCCGGAGCCAUGCCCAAAGACAUCCGGGCCAUGGAGUUCGAGGUCCAGCACGGUCGGAAGCAGAAGGCGAGUAAGAAGCUGCGCCGGCGGCUGCAGCUGUGGCUGUGGUCGUACACCGGCUGCCCGGUAGUGUCCGCGUGGAGCGACCUGGGCAGCCGCUUCUGGCCGCGCUACCUGAAGGUGGGCAGCUGCUACAAUAAGCGCUCCUGUUCCAUCCCUGAAGGGAUGUUCUGCAAACCUGCCAAAUCCACUCAUUUAACGAUCCUGCGAUGGCACUGCCUGCAGAGGAAGGGGGGGCUGAAAUGCGCCUGGAUACCCGUUCAGUACCCCGUUAUAUCCGAGUGCAAAUGCUCGUGCCACAACUGAAAAUCCAAACUUUUUAAAAAAAACUUUUACUGAUUGUUUUCAGACAUUGAGGCUACGAGCCAUUUCAACUCUGAUGAG